AUGAAGGGAAUCCAGUCGAGCCAGGCUCACACAUGUCCCGAAAAGCAGUUUGUCGAUGAGUCCUGUGUUCCGAAAUCUGCGAUGGCUGCGACUGAGCAAGACCUAAGCCAAAUCUGGAGGUGGAAUUCCGAGGUACCUGCACCGGUCAAUGGUCUGGUCCACGAUAUUAUCAUCAAGAAUGCGCUCGAGUACCCGGAAGCGACUGCAGUGCGAGCCUGGGAUGGAAUCUGGACAUACCAGGAACUGGACCGCAACUCGACCCAGCUUGCCCAGCUUCUCCGUUCGGAGUAUUGUAGUGGUGCCUUGGACGCACCGGUGAUACUCUGCUUCGAGAAGUCCAAAUGGACCAGCAUUGUCAUGAUCGGGGUGAUGAAGGCGGGAGGAACAUCGGUGGCAGCUGAUGUCGCUCAGCCGACAGAACGAUUACAUUCGAUCGUGAACCAAGCUCGCGCGGCCUUGAUAUUGUGUAGUGCGGCAACAAAGCACAUUGCAGAAGGCCUGAGCGACACCGCGAGGGUCGUGCAGAUCGAUGACCGGAGCAUACCUCUCUGCCCAGCGCAGGAGCUCCCACGGGUAUUGCCAGAUCAGACACUGUUCGUCACUUACACUUCGGGCAGCACUGGCACACCAAAAGGAGCAUCCAUCUCGCAUACCAAUGUCUGCUCAGCCGUACACUACCAGGGAGCGAAGCUCGGCUUCUCUAGACAGUCCAAGGUCCUUGACCUCGCGCCGUACUCCUUCGACGUAGCGUGGUCGAAUAUGCUGCACACCUUCUGCGCCGGUGGAACUUUGUGCAUACCAUCCACGAAUGAGAUGUACAGCAACCUCGCUCCAUGUAUCGAUGCGUACGAGGUGAACUUGAUGAACAUAACUCCGACGAUGCUGCGUACCCUGGAUCGGCAAUCGGUUGGGCUGACAGACGUUCUUCUGAGUGGCGAGGCAGCAGAUGUCCAGCUUUUGACAAGAUGGGCGAGUAGAGUGCGGCUGAAGAACACGUAUGGGCCAGCAGAGUGCACUUUCAAGAGUACUUUUGCGGAUCUGUCGUCAGACGAUAUACAGACUCGUAAUAUUGGGAGCGGUCAUGGUGCCGUGUUCUGGAUUGUGGACGGCGAUGAUCCUUCUCAGCUCGCGCCUGUAGGUGCAACAGGCGAGCUGUGGCUUGAAGGCCCGCUGGUGGGCCAAGGGUAUCUAAACGACGUCGAGAAGACCGCUGCAGCUUUCGUACAAGACCCAUCAUGGCUCGUCAAAGGAACCGUGAGGCAGACUGGCCGGACAGGUCGCCUCUACCGGACUGGAGACCUCGUGCGGUACAAUCCCGACGGCUCAAUCGACUUCAUUGGUCGAAAGGACCGGCAAGUCAAGAUCAACGGAGUUCGUGUAGAGCUUGGAGAUGUCGAGCAUCAUCUCCGGAGGUGUCUGGGAUGUAGCGUAAGCGAAGAAGUGGCAGUCGAGGCCAUCAUACCGCGUGACAGUGAACGUUUGAUACUGGCCGCGUUUUCGACAUGCGAGCGUAUAGGCGGAAUACGAAGCAGACUCACUGAAGCACUGCCUCGAUAUAUGCUUCCUUCGGCAUACGUCCACAUUGAUGGCCAUCUGCCUCGAACAGCUACAGGAAAGACAGAUCGCAAACAGCUGCGUGAGAUGUACUCACUGUAUACUGCCGAAGAGCUCGCCGUCAUGGGCGCCGAUCGGAUGGCGAAAAUCGCACCACAGACUGCCACAGAACGAAGACUUCAAGGGCUCUGGGCUGACGUCUUGAACGUUCCAGCAGCUUGCAUCGGGACUGGUGACAGUUUCUUUCACGUGGGUGGAGAUUCCGUACGCGCAAUGCGGCUCGUGGGCUUCGCAAGACAGCAAGGUCUGUCCUUCACUGUAGCAGACGUUUUCAAGCAUCCAAGGUUGUGUGAUCUUGCUGUGAUCGUUCAAGUACAGGAUGAAGCGGCGGGAGUCGAGGAACUGCGACCCUUCUCGUUGAUAAUAGGCAUCGAUGAAGGGCGCGCCGUAAGUGAGGCGGCGAUGGCAUGCAGAGUUGAUGCCACUGAGAUCGAAGAGAUCUUCCCUUGCACUCCCCUGCAACAGGGCUUGAUGGCCCUCACAGUCCAAAGACCUGGCGACUACGUUUCUGUCAGAACGUAUGAGCUUAGCCAUGAUGUCGACCUCGAUCGUCUGAGGGAAGCCUGGCGGCAAGUUGCACUGGCAGCACCAAUCCUCAGGACUCGGAUAGUUUCCCUGGACGGAGAGUUGGUGCAGGUGAUGCUUCACGACGAUGCUUCGUGGAGCGGUAGUGCAGAAGUCAGCGUAUCUACCCUUCAAAGUACGAUGAGCUUUGGCACCCCACUGGCUCUUUUUGUGCUGGCUGACCUAGGUGCGGGAUCACGUGCGUUCACUCUGGUCAUACAUCAUGCCGUAGUCGAUGGCUGGUCGAGGUUCAUCCUCAUGGAAAUGCUGCACAAAGCAUACGCUGGAGAUGUGCUGCAACGACCGCCCCCUUUCCAGCGCUUCAUCAAGCAUCUGCUCGAAACCAGCCAGACUGAGGCAGAAGCGGUAUGGAGAACCCACCUCGAGGGCCUAUCAGCGCCCGUCUAUCCUGCACUGCCUUCGAAAGACUAUCGACCAAGCGCAACUGCAUUGGUCCAGUACGAUAUUGCAGGGCUGGAAUGGCCAGUGAGUGAUAUUACACCGCCCACGCUUGUUCAAGUAGCGUUGGCGAUGCUCCUUGAGCAAUACACAGGCUCAAGCGAUGUCGUCUUUGGGUCGACAGUAUCAGGGCGAGAUGCACCUGUCCCUGGCAUAGAGGGGAUGGCAGGUCCCACUGUAGCAACUUUGCCACUCAGGAUCCUCCUUGAUGGAAAUGAGACCGUUGAGACGCUGCUCGCACGGGUACAGUCUCGGGGCCUUACCAUCAAGCCGUUCGAGCACAUGGGGUUGUCAAAGAUUCGGCAGUUUAGUGCAGAUGCAGAGCAGGCAUGCAACUUUCAAACGCUACUCGUCGUCCAUCCGAACGACGAUGUGGACACCACAGAGAGAGACCCGAGUCCGAGCACGCCGGAUGCAACUGAUUCGGGCUACGCUUCAGAAGACUCCGAGGAACAGGCGAAGCCCGUGUAUGUACUGCGCAUGACUGCAGCUACCAGGACGAUAGGCCAGAUCGAUGAAGAAGGAGCCAAUACGUACGGCCUCAUGAUAGCCUGCCAGUUGCGCGAAGCUGGAGCCGAGAUCACAGCAUCGUUCGACCCGAUCUUGAUGGACAGCGCCACUGUUCGAAGGAUGCUUUUCCAGCUGGAGGCGAUUCUCAUGCAGCUGUGCUGCACACCGAAAUGGUUCAAGAAGAGCUCGGAGAUUAGUGCCAUAUCUGACAUGGAUCUAGAUGACAUCCGGAAGUGGAAUCAGUCGGUUCCAGAGUCGGUGCUUGACGUUGUGCACAACAUGCUGUCAAAAGUCGCAAAAGAGCAGCCAGAUGCACCCGCUAUCCACGCCUGGGAUGGCGAUCUCACAUACAGCCAGCUUGAUAACAUGUCAACCCGCCUAGCAGCGAACCUGAUCUCGGCGGUCGACAUAAAAGCAGACGAUAUCGUGCCCAUAUGUCAUGAGAAGUCCAUGUGGACCAGUGUGGCAAUCCUUGGCGUCAUGAAAGCAGGCGCCGCGACACUUCUGUUCGAUGUGACACAGCCCCACAAGAGGCUGCAGUCGAUUGUUGAGCAAGUCCGCCCCAAAGUGAUCUUGACGUCGGCAGUCAACACUACCUCGGCAAAUACCAUAUCAUUGGGGGCGAAGGUCAUCCAGAUGGAGACUCUCCUGCAGCUCGCUCGCGGUCACAAUCUGCCUGUGGUACAGCCUGAACAUGCGCUCUUACUAAUCUUCACAUCUGGAAGCACCGGUAAGCCAAAGGGCAUCGUGAUCGACCACCAAAACUUUAGUAGCGCUUUGAGGCACCAAACAGCGCAGCUUGGCUUCACCAGAGAUACCAGAACAUUCGACUUUGCCUCGUACGCCUUCGACGCUUGCUUCUACAACCUAUUCCACACUCUGUAUGCUGGCGGAUGUCUCUGCGUACCUUCUGAAGACGAGCGCCGCAGCGAUCUUUCUGGCAGCGUUGUUCGACUGAAAGCGACUUUUGCCAACCUCACGCCGAAGGUAGCAGAGUUGCUCGACGAGGAGUCAUUGCGACAGCUUGAUCUGCUUGAGCUUAGUGGCGAGUCGGCCAACGCAGCAGCCGCCCAUCGCAUGAGGCAAUGUACAAAGGUACGCUUUGCGUAUGGUCCAGCAGAGUGCUCCGUGAUGUCCACAAUCUCCUCCGACCAUGCGCCUGUAGGAAUGAUCGGCCGAGGCGUGGGAACGUGCUGUUGGGUGGUGGAUCCGCGUGACUCCAAGGCUUUAAUGCCUGUAGGAGGCAUAGGCGAACUGUGGCUCGAAGGCCCCUUAGUAGGCCGAGAGUACUUCAUUGAUCCUGACAGGACGGCCGCUGCUUUUAUGCGUAACCUUUCAUGGCUACCUCAAGCAUGUGGGCGUAACGGCAGGACGUAUCGGACAGGCGACCUGGUACGAUACGAUGCCGAUGGAAGUCUAGUGUUUCUGGGUCGCCGAGAUGGACAGACCAAGAUACGCGGACAGAGAGUUGAGCCCAACGAAGUCGCGUUCCAUGUGCAGCAGUGCCUUGCUGCAAAGGACGUUGCAGCGAGAGUUUUCGCAGAGGUUGGUGUGCCUGCCGGACAAAAGACUUCCCAACUGAUGGCCUUCGUGGUUCUUGACGAUUCCGAGUCGAGGACACCGGGAGAGCUGGCGAAUGAGGUGGCAAUGCUCACCAGUGACAUUCCCGAGCAUAUGAGCGCAAUUGUGCCUUCUUGCAUGAUCCCGUCACAGUUCGUGCCACUGUCAACAGUGCCUCUGACCACGACGGGAAAGAUUGAUCGACAAUCUUUGCGCCGAACGAUCGAAGCUUUGGUGCCAUCUCGUGCGCAACAUGCGAAAUCGACCGAAUCACCGCUUGCAGGGACUGAACAGCAACUUAGCUCCCUGUGGAUUCGGAUCCUCAAGAUCGGAGAAGAUCGCAUCGGUCGACAAACCUCGUUCUGGGACAUCGGCGGAGAUUCAAUCACAGCAAUGUCUCUCCUGGUUGCGAUUCGCAAGGAAUUUGGCGUCAAGCUGAAGAUGCCGAUGCUGACGAGGCGGACCACGACGAUUGAACAUCUAAGCGCAGCGAUCGAAGAUAUGCGACGUGGAAAACGUGAGCUUUCGGAAAGAAAGAUCGAUGUUCGUGCUGAUUUGGCCGAGAUAUCAAAACGCCUGGAUCUGAUCGCUUCUCAUAGUAACAGCAGCAGGACUCCACCAGGCAGGCCAUCUGUUGCUUUCUUGACCGGCGCGACAGGGUUUCUGGGCACUCAAAUCCUGCGUGAGCUUAUUUCGAGCCGCCACUUCCACAGAGUGGUGGUGCUCGUUCGAGCAACAGAUGAUGCUCAUGGGCUGGUUCGCAUUCGAAGCAGUGCUCAGUCCGCCGGAUGGCGGCUUGAAGACGAUGUCGAUAUUGUGGAGGUGUGGUCUGGUGACCUGUCGAAGCCUCGACUAGGGCUGUCGAGUUCUCGCUGGAUGCGUCUGGUUGGGAGCCACGUCGUACCUGACGCUGUCGACACCAUUAUCCAUAAUGGCGCUGCAGUACAUUGGACGUCGGAUUAUGCUUCACUCAAAGCCACCAACGUUGAGUCGACCGCGCAGCUCGUCGAAGCCGCGCUGCAGUCUCCGACUAUCAGACGCCUCGUUUACAUCUCAGGUGGCGUGUCCUGGAACGGCAGAGAGGAUAGUCGUCUUGCCGAAGAUGGCGAUGUGAGUGCAUAUGCGAAGACUAAGUACGUCUCAGAACGGAUUGUCAUGGGCGUCGCGGACCAUCCCAAGCAACCUCGGGGAAAGUUCAGCGUGGUGAAGCCGGCCUUGAUCAUUGGCAACGCUGCAUCUGGAGUUCCGAAUACUGGCGACUUCUUGUGGCGCUUCGUCAGAUCGUGCAUCCGCAUACGGGCUUUUCCCACGGAGCCAGUCGGGUCCUGGCUUCCUGUUGCUGAGACUGACGAGAUCACGACCAGAGUCCUUGACCAAGCGACGGCAGCAGAGGCUGAGACAUUCUCCAUUUGGGACAGCGGCAUGCUCAUCGAGUCGUUCUGGGCUGCAAUUCAAGCUGCGCUGACCUUCGACCUCAGACGCACAGACAUGGCCGAUUGGAAGGCCAUGAUACAUGAUGACAUUCAGCACGAACAAGAGUCCCAUCCGCUUUGGCCGGUGCAGCAGUUCUUGGGCCGGUUGGGAGUCGAUCAUGGCGCUCUUCAGGAAAAUAAGACGGACCUGCUCCAGAAGCAGGGGCAGCUUGCAUGGGCAGUGACCCGUAGUGUGCAAUACAUGCAGCAUACAGGCCUCAUAGAGCUAUAA